ACUGGCGCGGAGUGCCGAAUGACAUUUCUUCGGCUUUCAUGUGGAGCCGUAACUUCUAUUUCACCAAAGGAGACCAGUAUUACCUCUACAACAUUGAUUUACAAGUCAGCCGCAAGCCUCAGCCGCUAAGCCACUGGAACGGGUUCCCUAGCGACUCCGUAGAUGCGGCGUUCCAGUGGGCCAACGACCGCAUUUACUUCUUCAAAGGCUCUGAGUAUUACCGCUUUAACGACAACACCACGGCUGUUGAUGAGGGCUAUCCCAUCAACACGGCUAUCGGGUGGCUGAGAUGCGAUUCCAACCAGCUGGUCAUCGGCCCGACAUCGUCGCCGACAACAUCGCCCGCUGCCGGAGGUGACGCGAUCGUGAAGACACCAUCUAUGGUUGCCGUUCUCUUCUCGACGAUUGCUGCCCUCUUCUAUUCAUUUCAAUAGAAUGACAUUAUCGCUUUCUUAUACGACGUACAUUAUAGAUAUUACUACCAUGUCUUUCAAUAUCCUGUACCCAUAAAUAUUAGACUACUAUCUCUUUAAAUAUUAUCAUUGAAGAUUCAUCACGAUUUGUUUCAUUUAUUCUCACUCGUUAUAAAUCUACGCCUACAUGUAAAAGUAGGAUUAACAUUUUUAGGAGUAAGUUUUAUUGUCGAUAUAAUUUAACUGUUGGAGGAUUUAUCAGAUCGAAUCUAUUUGUAGGCUUACUAGAUAACGGAUAUUUGACGAUAAGCUUUUCGAGAAAUAGCGCGAUUUCUUUUUCCAUCAUGAUGACAUAUAGUACU